GUCAUAGUGGGCAUUGCUGCCACUGAGCAUGUCAUGCCCUCAAGUAUAGGGUGGUCCGUUUCUGGUGGAUCUAUAGGCAUGGCGUUCGAUAAGAUCAAGGAAGAGUAUGAUUUCAGUGACUUCAAUUUCAGUUUUCUUGUGGAAUACACCGAAUGCGAUCGUGUGAAGACAGUUGGUGUUGGUAUCGAGUUUAUGAUGAGGCAACAAAGCCGAUGUUGUCAUUGGGCCGCCUUGCCCAGACGGUAA